AAAUCCGCAGUACUAGAGGAAUAGUUUUGGAAGAAGCAUCCAAAACAAGGUUUGGUUGCAAGUUGCAACGAACAAGCAUUAAUUGUUUGCUUAGAAAAAUGGAAAUUUCAGCUGUGGAAACUGGAAAACUCCGUUGGUCAACGAAAUAUGAAUGAUGUAUGUAUGAAUGCUCAACGCUUCAGACAGCUAAGGUUCCACCACUAUCCGAUAAUUAGAGAGUGCCGUGUUUCCUUUCUUGUUUUUCUAUUAUUAGUUUAUUACGGACAAAAAAUGAGACUACUCUAGCUAGUUACCAAUAUUACUCUUUCAAACAUGUUUCCUUCUCACAACACUUAUUUUCUCCAAAUUAAGAUCUUCAUUAAUCUAACACCAAAACCCGAGAUCCUCGGAAGUUGUUCUACUUCUCUGGCGGGAUGAAGAUUAUUCAUUCAUGUUUUUCUACUUGUUUCUCUGUCAAAGAAGAAACCAAACAAGAAGAAGAGCCGAAUAAGGAAGACGAGAGUGAUGGAAACUUUCGGGUCUUCACCUACAGGGAGUUGGCAUCAGCCACCCGUGGUUUUCAUCCCUCUCACAAAAUUGGAGAAGGAGGUUUUGGCUCUGUCUACAAGGGGGGGCUCCGGGAUGGGACAUUGGUGGCAGUGAAAGUGCUUUCCAUAGAGAUGGAGUCCAUGCGAGGAGAGAGGGAGUUUGUGGCUGAAUUGGCUACGCUUGCAAAUAUCAAGCACCAAAAUUUGGUCAUUCUUAGAGGGUGCUGUGUAGAAGGAGCAAAAAGAUAUCUAGUCUAUGAUUACAUGGAGAACAACAACCUUCACCACACUUUCUUAGGUUCGGAGGAAAGUAGGAUGAGAUUCAAUUGGGAAGCAAGGAAGGAAGUGUCCAUAGGUGUGGCCUCUGUUCUUGCGUUUCUUCAUGAGGAACUUAAGCCUCAUAUUCUGCAUAGAGAUAUCAAAUCAAGCAACAUCCUUCUUGAUCGAGAUUUCACACCGAAGGUCUCGGAUUUUGGUCUCGCAAAGCUACUAAGAGAUGACAAGUCUUAUAUCAGCACUCGAGUUGCUGGGACAUUGGGCUAUCUUGCUCCAGAGUAUGCUAGUUCCGGACAAGUGUCGCGAAAAUCAGAUGUUUACAGCUUUGGAGUGCUACUCUUAGAAAUUAUUAGUGGAAGACCGGUGGUUGGUGCUUAUGAAGACAGGGAACGUUUCAUAGUAGAGAAGGCUUGGGCAGCAUAUGGAGAGAAUGAUCUAUUAAAAAUGGUUGAUCCAGUGCUAGAUAUGAACUAUCCUGGGGAGGAGGCGAAACGAUUCCUCAUGGUGGGUUUGCUUUGCGUUCAAGAAACUGCAAAGAUUAGACCGCGGAUGCCAGAGGUUGUAGACAUGUUGAAGAACAAAAAGGACAUGGAAUGUGUACAGAUUUCGAAACCGGGUUUUGUUGAGGAUCUAAGGAACAUUAGAAUCAGGCAGGAAGUAAUGCAUUCAUCGGAAGAAUCAAGUUCUGGUGGAGCAACAUUUGCAAGUACUUCAUCAUUGACUACUUCUACUCUUGCCCGUUAGAAACUUUGCAAUUCAUUGCUUGAGCUUAAAUUGUAGAGUUGCAUCACACCAAAUUGUUAGUCAAAGUCUUUGCGAUCUCCUUUCUCGUUUUUUUUUUUUUUCUUUGCAUUUAAUUCUAUUUAUUCAAUCAUUAUUUUGUUGAAGAGUUGGGUGCAGAGUCACAUUGCCCAUGCCCACAAUGGUGGGUCACUCCUUUUUUAUGGUCAAAUCUUUAAUGUAAAUUAGGUCAUAACCUAAAGAAAAUGAUAAAUUGGUGUAACACUUGAGCCUAA